AUGUCUGGAAGUGUGUUCUCAGUGUUUUCUCUGCUGUAUCUGCUGUCUGUCUGCUCAGCCUGUUACAUCUCCAACUGCCCCAUCGGUGGUAAACGAGCCAUACAGGAUUCGCCCUCUCGAAAGUGUAUGUCAUGCGGUCCGGGGGAUCGCGGCCAGUGUUUUGGUCCCAGUAUCUGCUGUGGUGAGGGUCUCGGCUGUCUGCUGGGCUCUCCGGAGACUCUUCGCUGUCUGGAGGAGGAUUUUCUGCCCUCCCCAUGUGAGGCCGGUGGGAAAGUGUGCGGUUAUGAGGGCCGCUGUGCUGCUCCAGGAGUCUGCUGUGACUCAGAGGGCUGCAGCAUUGAUCAUUCGUGUGUUGAUGGUGACGGUGAUGCUACAGCCGUCAGUCAACCUGCCAGCAGCCAAGAUCUACUGCUGAAACUACUGCACCUGUCAAACAACGCCCACCCGUACAGACUCCACCAGUGA